UACUCGUGGACUCCACUCCUUACUUCAGGUAAUUUCGUGCUUCACCUCCAGUCCAACUAACAGUCUAGUGUCUACCAUUCCAUUUCCAUCUUGGUGAAGUCUGGAAACAACUAAUAGCUUCUAUCUGUCCUUUUUUUUUUUUCUAUUAUAAUUAUUGGAUAUGGAAAUGGCAUCCAGCAGGUUCAUAGAAUUCAAAGUCAUUUCCUGCAAGGAUCUGAAAUCAUUCAACUUCUUCCAAAAACUACUAGUUUAUGCCCUUGUGUACCUUGCCGGCGAUGAUUCCAACCAGAAAUUGGAUGAUCAGAAGAUGCAGCAACAGAGGACUCCCACCGACAAGGAAGGGGACGGCAAUCCUGAAUGGAAUCAUGAGAUGCGUUUCGAUCUCGGUUUACUUGAGGAUUGUGACCAUCCUCUCUUCAUCCAUUUUGAUCUUAGGCACGAAGGAAUCAUGUUUGGGGACAAAACUAUUGGCCAAGUUCUUGUUCCCAUGACGGAUCUCAUCCAAGACUCUAAUGCUGGAGUAGUUCGAUUCGUCAGCUACGAGGUCCGGACAACAGACGGAAAGCCCAAUGGAGUUUUGCAUUUCUCUUACAAGGUCAGUGGUAUUAGCAUGGCCACUGAUUCAGCCCACCCUCAAAUCACGGGAUUUCCAGUUCGUCACCAUCAUCAGGAUCAGAUUCAAUCUUCCUCCUCCUCCUCCUCUGAAGUUGAGAGCGGAUCGCCCAAAAUUCAAUAUCCAUCGCUAGGAUUAGAGUAUAAUACUAGCCAAAAAUCUCCUCCUUCGCCUCAGUAUCCCAUUCCCUUCCAAGAGAACUAUUAUUUCCAGCCGGAUGUCUAUUCUCAUACUCCACCUCCUCUGCCACCACAGCCGCCGGCAUGGUGGGCACACGGAGCUUGUUAUCCUAAUCAUCCUCCUCCUCCUCCUCCACCACAUGGGUACCAACACCGUCCUUGGGGGCCCCAUGGGUAUAGUUACGGAACGCCUGGGUAUGGGCCUGCUGCUGGACACAUGGAGAAUUGGCCCAAUCGUUGGCAAGGUCAUCCAUCUUCAUCUUCGUGGAAUGCAAAGUGAGUUGAAGUUUGGAUUGUUUUGUUAGCAUAUGCCUCAAUUGUUCGAUUAAAACCUAUUUCAGUUAGUUUGCAUUGUUGUUGGUUUUUUAUUUAACAAGAUAAUAUAGUAAGAGUUCCGGCAUUCCCCAACGCUAUCUUGUGUAAAAUGGUCGUGUGGAUUAUGCUAAAUGAUUAUGUACUGGGGACUUAUAAUUCCAAGUUGAGGACUGCUAUGUGGCCAGUUUACAUAAGAGACUGUUAAAGAAUGCGGGGACUUAUAAUUUGUUUGCUGUUUAAAAAAUAUUUUUUUGAAAU